AUGAAGAAAAACCAGGCAUGGGAUUUAAUUUUAGAGAAGUAUAAAGAAAUUGACCCUGACGGUACCAUGGCCAUUAAAAACAAAAUAACUAACAUCAGAACGUGCUACCGUCGGGAGCUGAAAAAAGUAGCCGAUUCCCUAAAAUCUGGUGCUGGGGGAGAAGAUGUUUAUAUUCCCUCGUUAUGGUAUUUUUACGAAUUGGAUUUUCUUCGAGACCAAGAAGAGGCUUUCGAAAGCGUCUCAACAGUAGAUUUCGAUGUUGAAGCGUUAAAGAGAAAUCACACCCUAAAUGUUGCAACUCAAGAAAUUAGAGUGUAUAUUGCAAUAUUGCUUCUGACAGGAUACUUGACGCCAAAGUAUAUGAGAAUGUUCUGGCAAGUAAAAAGUGACACCCACAACGAGCUUGUAGCUUCCAGCAUGAGACGAAAUAUAUUUUUCGAAAUUCAGCAAUUUGUUCAUCUCUGUGAUAGUACGACUUUAUCGCCCAACGAUAAAUUUGCUAAAGUUCGCGAGUAUUUUACGAAACUGAACACAAACUUCAAAGCUCAUUUCGAAAAAGCUGGUUCUUCACAUACUUCUAUUGAUGAGACUAUAGUGCCUUACUUCGGCAGACACGGUACAAAGCAGCACAUCCACGGAAAGCCAAUAAGGUUUGGUUACAAGCUUUGGUCAGCAGCAACUCGCCAUGGAUACUUAUAUUUGCGGGAUCAAAAUGUUGGAGGAACUGGUAUUGUUCGAGAAAACCGCCUAGAAAAUUGCAAGCUGCCAAGUUCAAAGGGGAUGAGAAAAAAGCCUAGAGGUGAGCUAUGUCAUCAAAUGUCUUCGGAAAUUAUUGCAGCUAAGUGGCAUGAUAACAGUGUCGUCACCAUCGCAUCUAACUGUCAUUAUUGGAAUCCCAUCAUCAAAGUCAAUCGGAUUGGUUUCAUAAAUAAAAAGCGAUCGAAAAUUCAAGUAGAUUGUCCAGCUUCUAUCAAGAUGUACAAUAAGUAUAGGGUGGAGUUGACUGUUUUGACGAAAAUGUUGACUCCAUGA